AUGGCUCCCAUCGCGAAGAAGACCGGCGCCAAGAAGGGCCCCAAGGUGACGAAGAAGUUCAUCAUCAACGCUUCGCAGCCUGCCAGCGACAAGAUCUUCGAUGUCUCGGCCUUUGAGAAGUUCCUGAACGAGAAGAUCAAGGUUGAGGGCCGCGUCGGCAACCUCGGGGAGACCAUCAAGAUUUCGCAGCAGGGCGAGGGCAAGAUCGAGAUCAUUGCUCACAACGAGCUCUCUGGCCGCUACCUCAAGUACCUGACCAAGAAGUUCCUCAAGAAGAUGCAGCUCCGUGACUGGCUCCGCGUCGUAUCCACCUCCAAGGGUGUCUACGAGCUCAAGUUCUUCAAUGUCGUCAACGACGAGGCCGAGGAUGAUGAGGAGUAA